ACGUGGUUUCAUAUUUCUCCGAAUAAGCCGGUAUAAAAGACUCUGAAGAUAUUUUACACCUGACAAUCAACCGUGAUUGUCACACUUCCGCGUCGAAGAUUUUUUAUCUCGAGUUCCAAAGUGAUUAAGACGUGACCUAGAAAUAUUCAAUAUCAUCGAAAAAUGGUGACCGGACGGGCAUUACAUUUUGUAUUCAAAAUACCUGACAGAAAAUUGACAGCUAAAUUCUAUCGUGAAAUCCUUGGUAUGAAGGUAUUGCGACACGAGGAAUUUGCGGAUGGAUGUGAUGCAGCCUGCAAUGGGCCCUAUGCUAAUCGAUGGAGCAAAACGAUGAUCGGUUACGGACCAGAAGACUCUCAUUUUGUGAUCGAAUUGACCUAUAAUUAUGGAAUAUCUCAGUACGAGCUCGGCAAUGAUUUUCGCGGUAUUACCAUCAAAUCCAAGGAGGUCAUAGAAAGAGCUCGCAAAAAUGACUGGCCCUUGGCCGAAGAAAAUGGAUUAACCGUUCUCAAAGCCCCUGGAGGCUACAAGUAUUACAUUAUAAAUGAACCUCAGCCUUCGGAGCAAGAUCCUGUUCAACAUGUGACUCUAGCAAGCUCCAAUCUCGCAAAAAGUAUAGCCUACUGGAAGGAUGUUUUGCAAAUGAAAAUCUAUGAGCAGAAUGAGUCGAGUGUUCUCUUGGGAUACGGCGAUCAACAAGCAAAAUUGAAAUUGGAAGACAUCGGAAUGAAAGUUGAACGUGCCAAAGCCUAUGGCAGAAUAGCCUUUGCAGUUCCACAUGCCGAGCAACCGGAUAUAAAAAAGAAAAUCGAAGAGACAGGCAAUACUAUUUUGACAGAUUUAAUAACUCUCGAGACUCCUGGAAAAGCCUCAGUUCGUGUGAUCAUCCUUGCUGAUCCGGAUGGCCAUGAAAUCUGUUUUGUCGACGAAGAAGGUUUUCGCCAAUUGUCCGUGCCUGAUUAUCCAAGUGAAGCGAUCCUCGAUAGGUUCAUCGCCAAGGAAGCAACGAAGACAAUCGAGCAAGAAUAGAUCGAAGAACGCUUCGUCGAUUUGCCUGUAAAUUUUCGUGGGACGAACAAUUUUCUACGUGAAUACAGUAAAGGUGAUGGUUUGUUAUAUUAUUUUUUGAAAGUUUUAACCCACGUUAUAUUCGAUACUUGAGAUGUACAGAAUUAUUUACUUGUGAAUAAAGUACUGAAAAUUUGUGAGCUUAUAAAUUCGAA